CUUAACAGAUUGUCGGUAUGUGAGAAGCGAGAUUCCUUCUUUCACAAAAAGACAUAAAAUGCAGAAAAAAUUGGAGACCAUCGAGGAGUUGAAACUGUGUUCUGAAAAAGCAAUCACAGUACUCAACGAGACCAAACAGUACUUAGAAGAAAUGAAAGAUCAAGAAAUAAUGAGUGAUGAAGCAAUUGCAAGUAUAUAUACGUCAACGACUGUGGAAGAGAUAAAACGCGCCUUGAACAAAAGACCCACUGUAGUUUUUAUUGGAAAUCGAAACUGCGGAAAAAGUGCUGUUUUGAACGAGAUUUUGGGUGGAUCUUACCUUCCCGUGCACGAAACACCGUGCACUUCGCGUAUUGUCAAGAUCAGCUACACACCGGGUAAAAACACAGCCAGAGUUGUCGACAAAAGUGGGCAAGUAGCUAAAUCUUCGAUUACGAUCGGCAAGAUUGUUCCUCAAGAUUAUGUAGUGGUUUGCGAUGAGGGCAGGGAGAAGUCAGAUCAGUUAAAGUGCACUGUCGAAAUUGCCUUGAAGCAUCCAUUUCUAAAAAGUGGCAUAGAAUUAAUCGACUCACCGGGCAGGAAUGAAAAUAACGCAUUAGAUGAAGUGGGAGAUGACUUCUUUGAGAAAGACACCACUCCAUUUGUGGUGUAUAUCAUCGAUGGAAACGAGCAUUUGAAGUCAUCAGUAAGUAUAAGCUUCACUGUUGAGUCAAUAAAUCCAAUUUAUAUUCCCGUUAAUCUGGAGUGAAGUAAGUAUGCAAAUGACGAUAUGUCGAGGUCUACGUAAUUAUCAUAUUUUCGGAUCGUUUGAAAACCCAGGCGGAAUGUAACAAUAAAAUGGCCGAGAAGCUGUCAAUGCUGUUUUUUAGGUUGUUUCCAACAACUGAAGUGAUUUGUCGAAAAAACAAGAAAUUAAAUCAUCAAUAACACGGCUAAGUGACGCGGUUAUCUCAAAAAGCAGACUAAAAGAAAAUCGUGACUUCCGGGUGCUUCAUGGGCUUGCCUGGUCACAUCUGGAUUCUGAAGAAAAAAAUACGUGGCGAUGUUCUUACCACAGUUGACGUUCUCAUCUGUGACUCAUUCUUCUCACAGACAUUAUUCAGUAACGGGGGGAAAAGUGCCUCGAAGCUGCACCACUGCGGUAUAUAUUGACUGUCGUCAUAAAGGGAGUAUUUAACAAGAUUUAGGUGCUCCCUGAGGAGCCAGGCAGCCAGGGUUAGAAAUGUUUAAGAUGAAAGUUGCGUUCGUUAUGGGGCUGACAAAAAUUUACUUUUGAACUAAUGCUUGAUAAUUUUACAAUGGAGAAGGGUUUAAGCCCUGGAGAUUACUCCAAGAACGCAGGAUGCAAUCAGGAUAAUUGCAGUUGAAUCAAACCCAUAGAGGAAACCAAUCUGGUCCUGGCUCAAGCUUUGUCUGACCCCUGAAAAAUGCCAUCGUAAUCAUCAAACAGCUAAUAAAGAUUUCGUUACAAUGAUGAAGUUGUCAUCGAAUGCUUUUUUCCGCUUCGCUUCUUUAAAUUCUUAACACACAGCCCGCGCCCCAUGGCUGAUAGUAUUGGUGUUUUGUCCUCAACAUUCUAAGCGAUACCAAUAUACACCCCUGAACGACACGAAGAUCACCUGGCAUCCCCCUCCCAGGGAUAGGAUAUCGACAUGUGGGUACACCCGAUACAAUCGUUGUACUAGCCCCCGGUAUCAUAUCUCUCAUACUUUUUUCCAAGUUUACGACUAAACGGGUCUACACAAUUUAUUUCUUUCAGGAUCUUGACACAAUCCGUUUCUUGCAAGAUAAAUAUCCGCAUUUGUCAUUUAUGUUCGUCUGCAACAAGGUAGACACGUCUGCCGAGACACAAACGUUCGACAACCGAAGCGGAGACGACCUCGAUUCCGACGAAGAAGAAACACGAAUGAGACCGGAUGAGGAAACCAGCGAAACCAAGGAAACCAUUGUCUUUUCCCAGUUGAAGGAACACGGUCUCCUAGUUGACAGCGACAGGGAAUCCUGCUUUUUCGGAAUUUCAGCGAAGAAUACUCGAAGAGACAGAAGAGACAAUAGGAAUAACAGCAAGGCGAGAGAGGCCUUUGCAGAAUUUGAAGACGGGCUGUUGGCCUUUCUCAGCGAAAAUAUCAGGAGCCAGAGUAUACAUGCCGUGGAGAAGCUCCUACUCUUACAAAUAAGCAUUUUCCAGGCUAUGAGAAGAGCAAGAAACAAUCUUCCAGGAACCUUAUUUGCAAUCUCUUUGGAAUUAGACAAGGCUACAAAUAUCGGAAAAUCUUUGCAUGGCGAACUGAUGUCAACUAUUGCAAAGAAAGAAUUAAUGAGAAAGGUGGUAAAUGGCAGCUUGCAAAGUCUUCGUGAAAGAUUUUUGUCAGUUGCAGACCAAUAUCAGCUUUGUUCUAAGAGGCAGAACACAGAAGAGGAAUUGAAAGCACGCACUUUUUACUUCAAAUAUCUGGUCAGGAUGGAUCACUGCAAGCACCACCUCCCAUUCAGUCCAAAAAAGGAGGACAUUCCUUUUCUUCGAUUCUUAAUAACCAUUUACAGAGCGAUACAGGACUGGACUUUCAAUGUUUUACGACGCUCUCUUGAAAGGUUCAUUAAUACGGCAACAGACCAUGUUGAGAUGCACACAAAAAUGAUCGACAAUCUGUUCAUUCGCCAAGCAUUCCAUUUACAUUAUGGAUCUGGGCAUUGGCCAAAAAGGAACAGUUUACCCAGUGGGGUUGAUCUUAUUUACACGUUUGCCAGCAAGAAGUUAAGAGAGGCCGUCACAAAGCUUCUCAUUGAUGGAUUAUUUCACGCAAUGGAAUGGAAAUCUUCCGAAGCCAACUUCAGGUUAGGGGAUGAGCAAACCAGAAGAAAAAUCAUCGAGCUAAUUCUUUCCAAAUUCAAUCGCCAGGUAAUUACUGAGUCACUAUGCGAAGCCUGUGCAGAAUGCCUCGAAAUGAUUCAUAGUGUCUUGCUUAAGGACAUCAGGAACAACCGCGUCACAAACGAGGUGCUAUCAGCCGAUGUCUCCCAAAAACUGGAGGAAUUAGCGGCUCUCUACAUUCCCAAACUGAGUCUUCUAACCGUUCAAAGCUUCGCCCUCAACUUUCGGGUAACCAAAGGUCCAAUUACACUUGGUCCAGUUCUAAAACCCACAAAACACGGCCAACUUCAUGACUGCUGUGGCUGGGCGAAUAUGACACAUCCAGAAGCAAGCGUUGCGAAGGUUAUCGAACGCGGAAAGGUGAAGCCGGAGAUCUGGUCUCAGACCUCAGUGGACCUUUUCGACACCAAGUAAGUAGGGUUGGCACAAGCUUGGUGUAGUGCAGUGUACGUUCCUCGUUCAGUUUGGCUCAGGCUGGAGCUGAUCCUUCAGCUCCGAUCUGAGAAUUACGUUCCAGCCAGUCAUAAACUUCUUUUUGAGAGGCAUUCUCACAACAAAAAAGUGGCAAAUUUGCUACCGAACCUACGCAGUUUUAGUCGCAAACAAAAAGCUAUAGGUAGGUGUAGGAGGUCGUGAAGUGACGAACAACGGCCGGUUAAUCUCUAGUGCGAUUAUGACUGCAAAGCAAGCUUUCUUUAAAGCGACAUAUAAUCUGUACAACUGAACGCUCCACAAAAAUGAUACUGACAACCUUUCGUUCUGUUUAUUUCGCGAUGUAGGGAAGUCCAGGCAAGGUUAGAAGAACCUCACAGUAACCUUCUCUAUCUGCAUGGUUGGCUCUUCCCUGAACCUGGAGUUAUUAACGUAAUAAUGGAAAGGGCGGAUUCAGAUGUCACUACCGCCCUUAAACAGGGGCUUUCUUUGAAGGCACGCCUAAAGAUUGCAGAGGACGUGGCAAACGGAUUGGUGGCUCUUCACGGAGCGAGCUAUGUCCAUCAAGACAUUAAAAUCGAUUCCAUCCUGGUAAGUAUCCAGGGCAUCGGAAACAUUUCACGGGCUACUAACGAAUGAUAGACAUUCAAGAAAGAAUAAAACAAUUCCAGUAUAUUACUUUAUCAUCCCUUGGUAGCUUACAACGGUAAAGGAGUUUGGCACUGCCUCUCGGCCAUAUAACCUAAGAACUUGCAUGUGUAAACAACAGACAAAACGAAGAAAGAGAGAAAGCGAGAACAAUUGAAACUCAUGAACAAUCACGGCUGAAGAAAGCGAGCCUCUGAAAAUUAGCGAAAGACUAAAUUAGCCAACAUCCUAAAGUAUCAUUUUCGAACUGCAGAAAUGAAAGCAAAGAUAUAUAGUAAAAGACUGCUAAAUUCAAAUGUAGCGAGGAUGAUCAGCUAUGGAACUACACACGGACAGGUGCACGAACUUUUUCGAAUGACGCUACGUUAAUAAUUUACCCACUGGCCAAAACCUAGAAUCAGACAAGGCACGCAACCACAAGAAAAUACUGCACUUAAGCUUAAUUGUACAGAAUUUUAUACCACCAGUGUGACGAGGCAUUCUUUUAAGCAUACACGCAUUGACAUUUGCGAUGAAAUCAAUAAAACGAAUGCUGGAAUUUCAAGAUAAUACUGCUGUACUACAAAAAGAAAAGAAUUGCUAAUAAUUAACGCCAACUGAUAUUUAUUAUCCUGUUGAUUUCGGCAGUUAAACCGAAAUGGCACAGCUAAGAUUAACAUGGCCAAAACUAAGAAGCCUUUCGAGCAAACACAGCAGGGAACGCCCUUUCACAUCUCCUUAGAGAUGUACAGAAACCAUAGUAAAAGCCUGGAAAGCGAUCGCUCGUACGACAUCUAUGCCUUUGGAACCUUGCUGUGGGUGCUUUGCGAGGGGUCUGGGAACCAUCGUCCCAAGGCCUAUGAGAGAUACAACACUAUCGCGGCAAUGAAGGUGGCAGCUGAAAAGGAAAUAUAUCCCGAACGUCCUAAAGACUCCAGCGAUGCCUGCUGGGAAUUGAUGACAAAGUGCUGGCGCCAAAGGUGCGUUUUAACAGCAGUGGAGAUUUUGGAAGGCAUGAAGAAAAUUCUUCAAAAUAUGUACUGAAUUCAUGAGUUAAAAUAGAACUGUAAACUAACAAUUUAUACCUAGCCGAUUUUUUGAAAACGAAACUAACGAAAUGUGCAGCGAUUUGAAUAACAAAGGGCUAAAAGGCAGACUUUUUGCGCUCAAUAAGUUCGAAAAGCACACUUAGCGAAGGAAAAGGAAAAGAGAAAAAGAAACAGAAAGGAGGAAGAAUGGAGGAAGAAAAGAAAAAGCAAUGGUUGCACUCUUAGGUUUUAUAUUGGCUACUUUAGAGAAAAAGACUUCUUGACGGAAGAGGUCUAUUCGGUGGUAACGUUUUCAAAAAUCUGGUUGGAUAUAUCUCCUCGCAAUAAUGUGUCGUAGUUAUUACACACUGCGAAAACAAGCCUGUAGCUGUGAAAUGACGCAAAUAUUUAAUAGCAAAUACGAAAAGGCGUCCAAUAUCACAAUUCACAUCCUGCAAGAAGGAAACGGGGCAGUGUGAUCAGGGGACUGAGAAUGCCAGUCUCGAAAUGUGGACCACAACCCAGGUUUAAAUCCCGCUCUUAUUUGCUUCUCGGGUCGUCCCCACACCACGAUUUUAAAUAUGGAGCCAACUGGUUACUCAGGCCAGUUGGGUUUUUUAAUCCUUUGUACAUAGAUAAAUAAGUUCUUCAUUUGGAUGGGUUGAUACUAAUUCUUUAUGCGGUGCCUGUAAACUAGCUUUACUGAGCAACCAACAGCAUCUUUACUACGCCCCUAUGAACUAAGAAUUUACAUAGUUUUAUAGAGAGUCAUAAGGUUCAAGGGGGUGUUCAGAAUUUAAAAUUGUCUUGAUUUAAAGAUUAGGUGAACCCCUUCUAAGAUUUGUUUCAUUGUUAGUGUACAGAAAGGACCAUACCAAGAUUCUAAAUCAAGAAAAACAAUUAGCAUUUACUUUGACUUUUGUAAAAACUUUAUCUUCAAAUUGAUCGUUCCAACGCGUAAGGUUUCUAUAGGAACUUUUAUCAACUCAAACAGGGACAUCCCUGAGGGCUUCAUUCCAGGACCCCAUAACUAUAAGCAGAACAACUCCUCUUAAGGGUACGCGAACAUUUUUUUAGAUUCAUUAAAUCAACUGACUCUGCGCACUCAGUGUGAUAAGCUAGAACCCAUCGCGCAACUUGGGAAAAAAAACAUCAUUUAUUCUUUUACAAGAAUUUGUCAGUUUAUUUCGGACAUAAUGUAAUAAAGUGUAGUUGGCAAUGAGACGUUUGUAGGGCAAGGUAAAUCAGUGCUGCUCUGAGAAUGUAGAGAGAGAAAACUAACAAAAACACCCCCUGUAUAACCAAGAGUCAUGAUGAGCCUCGUUUGGUUUCAGAUUAUAUCCCUGGGAUUACAGUUAGAGUGCUGAAAGCAAAGUCACCU